GUGUAUGCUGGAGGGAGAGACAGAGGGAGAGAGGAGCAGAGGGAGGAGGGAGGGAGGGCAACGUGCCUUUCACAGAGCUGGGAGCUCGAUGGGAAUGUUUGAUUAGCUCCUCUUUGAAAGAGAAAAGGUGUCCAGGCCUCCCUUCGCCGCCUGCCUCUGAUUCUUUAGAAUAAUGUUGGCUGGAGUUUGUGGUACAGAAAAACUGGGGAAAAAAAGCACUUUCAUACUGUGUGGAGAAAAGGAAUAAAAAGUUGCACACCUCAAGCAAGGGCUCCUUAGUGAUCUGCUUUGCUUCAGUCACAAUGAAGGCCUCAGUCAUUGCAACCUUCUUUGGUGUACUUCUCACAUGUACAUACGCAGCUAGGGAAGCCACAAAGAAGACCAAGAAGGCUAAGCUAUACAUACCUCAGAUUGACUGCGAUGUCAAGGCUGGGAAGAUAAUAAAUCCAGAAUUCAUUGCAAAAUGCCCUCCAGGAUGUCAAGACGUAAAAUACCGUGUUUAUGGCACAGACAUUUACGCUUCUUUUUCCAGUGUGUGCAGUGCUGCAAUUCACAGCGGUGCAAUAGACAACACGGGUGGGAAGAUCCUUGUUCAGAAGGUGGCUGGCCAUGCUGGGUACCGGGGCAGCUUCUCCAAUGGAGUUCGGUCGCUGUCAUUGCCACGCUGGAGGGAAUCCUUCCUCAUCUCAGAGGGGAAGCCAAGAAAGGGUGUGACAUAUCCAUCAAUUCUUGAAUUCUCUUCCUCAAAGAGCACAGCUGUUAAACCAGAGCCUAAGAAGCCAGAGCAAGACCUAAAAGUUACAAAGAAUGCAUCCAUGUCUGAUAUACCAAGGAAAGCCUCAGAACAAGGGGACACAGUCCGCAAGGUGUAUCAGACAUCACCGGUACCAAUGCCAACAACACAAAUGGCAACCACAACACCAACCCCAACAACCACAACCACAGAUCCUUUCAGCACAACGCCAAAGCCAACAACAACAACACCUGCAACAACAAGAAUCACAACAGACUUGGCUGCAGCAAAGCCUCGACCUGGAUUGCACAGGGUCAGGGAUACAGGUUCUAGCAGUGUUCACCCUGCAUAUUCCUCUGUGGCAGCUGCAGCAUCAAGACAAGUUCAGGCUUCACAAGGAAGAGGACUGAAUACAGCAUUCAGGGGCACUUCCACCUCUGCAAGUAACAGGAAUAUUUUGCGACCCAAUGCAGGUAUUCAGCGCCAAGAGCCUGUUGCCACUUUCCGUAGGCCUGCUGGAUCUCCUGCCCAUCUGGCAAUGGAAACAGACUUGUGGAAACCUGGACUGAGCUUUUUUGACACAGGUUUUGCUUCGAAGGAGGAACUGAACCUGAAGCCACUGGAAGCGACCUCGCAGGGGAACCCAAGCUGCAAGGUGGACUUGUCCUUCUUGAUGGAUGGGAGCUGGAGCAUCGGUAAACGCCGCUUUCAGCUCCAGAAGCAGUUCCUCAUUAACGUGGCUCAUGCCCUUGGCAUCAGCAAUGAUGGGCCUCUGAUGGGCGUCGUGCAGUACGGUGAUGACCCUUCCACAGAAUUUAACCUGAAAACAUACACCAGCCCCAAGGACCUAAGAAAUGCCAUUGAGAAAAUCCCUCAGAAAGGCGGACUUUCCAAUGUUGGAAAGGCACUUUCAUUUGUCAACAAAAACUUCUUCUCAGAUGCUAAUGGAAACAGAGGUGGAGCGCCCAAUGUGGUGGUGGUAAUGGUGGAUGGGUGGCCAACCGACAGGGUAGAGGAGGCCUCCAGACUGGCCAGGGAAUCGGGGAUCAACAUUUUCUUUGUCACUAUUGAAGCAGCUGCUCAAAAUGAGAAGCAGAAUGUUAUUGAGCCAAACUUUGUGGACAAGGCAGUGUGCAGAACAAAUGGCUUCUAUUCCAUCACCGUGCCCAGCUGGUUCAGCCUCCACAAGGUCGUCCAGCCCUUGGUGAAGCGGGUCUGUGAUAUCGACCGGCUGGUUUGCAGCAAGACGUGUCUUAAUUCGGCUGACAUCGGUUUUGUGAUCGAUGGUUCCAGCAGUGUUGGCACUGGCAACUUCCGCACAGUCCUCCAGUUUGUAGCCAACAUCAGCAAGGAGUUUGAGAUUUCGGACACGGACACCCGCAUUGGAGCCAUUCAGUACACAUACGAGCAACGCCUUGAGUUCAGCUUCGAUAAGUACAGCACAAAGCAGGACGUGCUGAGUGCUAUCAAAAGGAUCAACUACUGGAGUGGUGGAACCAGCACAGGGGCAGCCAUCAGCUACGCCUCUGAGCAGCUCUUCACCAAAUCCAAACCCAACAAGAGGAAGAUCAUGAUUCUCAUUACGGAUGGCAGGUCUUACGAUGAUGUCCGAGUGCCAGCCUUGACAGCUCACCAAAAUGGAGUUAUAGCUUAUUCCAUUGGAAUUGCUUGGGCUGCCGAAGAUGAACUGGAAGCCAUUGCAACAGAUCCAGAUAAGGAGCAUUCUUUCUUUGUGGAUGAAUUUGACAACCUCUACCAAUUUGUUAAGCCACUCAUCCAAAACAUUUGCACAGAAUUUAACUCGCAGCCACGGAACUGAUGGAGUGGAACGGGCCGAGAUCCUUGGGCGUCGUGCCGAAAGCACACAAUGCUACAGGAACAAUGCCAGCUACAAGCUCAACAAAUACUGGAAUUGUUUUUCUCUGGCACUUUCCAGUUAAUGAGGUCGAUCACAUCUCUGUCCCUAUGUACGAUAAUACUCCGUGUAGGCAACUGAUUUUUCCCUUGCAGGCUUCAGAAACUGUAAUUUGGAUGGGCAGAAUAACAGGCAGGAGACAUCAGGAGGGAGUAAAUGGAGCUGUUUGGAAAGCCAUUAACAGUAUAGAGACUCAGCUUAGGUGAUUCUCACCUCAGGGCACACACAAGCACUAAGAUGUACCACCUGCUCUCUGCAGUGGCCAGGGCCCCCCAUAGAACUGCUAUACUGUUCUGCCCUGUGGCAGAAGCACCUCCCUCUGACACUGCCCAUUCCUCGCCAUCCAGGACAGGACUGACAUCCUGAAAUCCCAGGCACAAACUGGGCAGAUAACAUGAAUUCAAGUAUUAAGCUUCAUCCAAACCCAAAGAUCAGAAAAUCAGCAAGUGGCCAGGGCCAAGCUGUGGGACCCACAUCCGUUUGUCAGUCCCCAUCAAGCUCCAGAUCUGCAGAGCAGCCAAUGCAGGAUCUGUAUCCCAUCUCCCACAGCACUGCAUUAAACAUAAACAUUAAACAUAAAAAACAAUGACCUUGUCCCCUUAGCUCACUUGCACCAUUUUUUGCCACGCAGCUCAUGGCCUCUGCAAAGCAGGAGAGGUGUGGAGGCAGAAGAGGCUCCUGCAGUAAAACCUGUGGGUUCCAGUUGUUUACUGUCUGAAAGGAUUCUGAGCUCCCCCACUGCUCUAUCACCAAACACAGCACAGUUAGAACAGCCUACAGCAGACUUUAGGGUGAGGAUAAUUAUUCAAGAGCCAAUAAAAAGGCUUAAUAGGAAAGUAUCCUAAAGCUCUGGAUUACACUCUGGGAAAAGCCGUAUUUCUAGCAUUCACAGGCACCCUCUUCUGAACUUGGUGUGGACUUCUGUUGUACAGAUUGAUUUGAAGACACACCUUUAUAGCCCCAUGUUAUUCAGAAUACAUGGCUGUUUUGACUACAGAGAAGCAGCCAAAGCACUGCUCAGCAAUGGGAGGAGUGACAUGCAGAGGUCAGGAACGCUGCAUGGCAGGUAGCAAGCAGCAGUUGCUGGUGGUUUCCAUCUGGUGUCACAUACAUUAAUACAUCCCUUAAGCAGAAAUCACCAAAGGAAAGGGCUGAAGUUUCAGCGCCAGUAAAAGCAUGUGUGUUCACGCACCUUGUGGUACUUACGGCACCAUGACAGGUUGGUGGAAAUAACAGGAAAUUGGAAGGAAUUAAAGCUCACAUUUACCCUCUUACAAAUCAAAUUUGUAAUAGUCUUUAUAGUUGCUGUAAAUAACAGUGGCCCAGGAUGUUAUCAUUCCCACAAAGCAAAUAUUGCAGUUUAAUCCUUACUAGACAGCUUCCCACUGCACAUCAAUGGCUGUACCAGCCGUACCCUGGCAGCAUAUGAGAGCACAGUGUGGUCCCACACACUGUAUUCAUGCUUUUCAGCCAGAGCCACAGGUGUUCUUUAGGACAGACAUUUUCACUUCUACUGGAAACCUCAAGCAACAAGUUUUCACUCUCCACAGAGAAGCUGAACAGCUAUCUGCCUCAUCAAACAUUUGCUUAGGGCACAGCAGGGUUUGCUGUUGUUUAAAUGGAUAAUCUUGACUUUACAGAACACCUGUGGUGCUCAGAUGCCAACAAGCCAUUCUAUUUACUUCUUGAGUUGACCUUGAAAUUAAUUUUGGAUCUGACUCUCAUCUCAACUGAGAUGCCUUAAACACAGUGAACUGGAGCAUAAGCCUCAGAAGUCCCAGUACAGCCUUCCAUCAGCAGAAGUGGAUCAGCACAGAAUGCGCUCCCCUGUAGCCCUUCACCUUUCACAGCAAUAAAAACGCUUGUCACAUCUGAAGUCUCUCAAUAAUAGUAAUAAAAGAUAGCAAACCUUCAUAAACAUUUGGAGGAGUUAUACUGGUUUGGUGAAAGCAGAGGAACUCCUUUUGUAACAUAUACGAGCUGUUUUGAGCUUCUCAGUACAAGUUGCUAUACCUUUUGCAAUAAAGACAUCCCAAAGGCA